GAGGAGGAAGAGGAGGCCGAGCAACAAGAUGGCCCCUGCUGCAGGAGCGGCCUCGGCAGCAGCAGGUGGGAGGCCGGAGGCGGCGCUGGCGCUGGCGGCGGCGGCCGCGGCCCGCAGGCCCGGGACGGAGUCCGAGGCGACGGUGGCGGCGCUGGCGGCCGUGGCGGUGGCUGCCGCGGCGGUGGCGACGGCCGCGGGGACUCGGAGCUGAGAGGAGCUGCUGCUCGGACCAGCGCGGUUAUAUUUCACACUAUGUGCUGACUGUAUCUACAGAAGAUAUUUUAAAAAAAAAAAAGAUAAACUUUUUUCAAAGAUUUUGAUUCCAGUGGAAUCUGCUUUAGAUUUGUGUGUGUGUGUGUGUUAGUCAGUUGUAACUCCAGAAGCAAUGCCUGUACAAGCCCCACAAUGGACGGAUUUCCUCUCCUGCCCAAUUUGCACUCAGACUUUCGACGAAACAAUUCGAAAGCCCAUCAGUUUGGGCUGUGGCCACACUGUGUGCAAGAUGUGCCUGAAUAAACUCCACCGCAAGGCUUGUCCAUUUGACCAGACCACUAUCAACACAGACAUUGAGCUGCUCCCUGUGAACUCGGCGCUGCUGCAGCUUGUGGGUGCUCAGGUCCCUGAACAACAGCCCGUUACUUUGUGUAGUGGGGUUGAAGAUACAAAGCAUUAUGAAGAAGCCAAGAAAUGUGUGGAAGAGUUAGCGUUGUACCUGAAACCACUCAGCAGUGCUAGAGGAGUAGGUUUGAACAGCACUACUCAGAGUGUCCUGAGCCGCCCGAUGCAGAGGAAGCUGGUGACGCUGGUGCACUGCCAGCUCGUGGAAGAGGAGGGCCGGAUCCGGGCCAUGCGGGCCGCGCGCUCUCUGGGGGAACGCACGGUCACGGAGCUCAUCCUGCAGCACCAGAACCCUCAGCAGCUCUCUUCCAAUCUCUGGGCGGCGGUGCGGGCCAGAGGCUGCCAGUUCCUCGGGCCAGCAAUGCAGGAGGAAGCUCUAAAACUGGUUCUGCUGGCCUUGGAAGAUGGUUCUGCCUUGUCAAGGAAAGUGUUGGUUCUCUUUGUGGUGCAGAGGUUGGAGCCCAGGUUUCCUCAAGCAUCCAAAACCAGCAUCGGACAUGUCGUUCAGCUCCUUUACAGGGCCUCCUGCUUCAAGGUCACAAAACGUGAUGAAGAUUCUUCCUUGAUGCAACUGAAGGAAGAAUUUAGAACUUACGAAGCUCUUCGUCGAGAACACGACUCCCAGAUAGUACAGAUUGCUAUGGAAGCGGGUUUACGAAUUGCACCAGACCAGUGGUCCUCUUUGCUGUAUGGAGACCAGUCCCACAAAUCUCACAUGCAGUCCAUUAUUGACAAGUUGCAGACCCCAGCCUCUUUUGCACAAAGUGUUCAGGAACUGACAAUUGCUCUGCAGCGGACUGGAGACCCAGCAAACCUGAACCGACUGAGACCCCACUUGGAGCUGUUGGCGAACAUUGACCCUAGUCCAGAUGCUCCUCCUCCAACUUGGGAGCAACUAGAAAAUGGGCUGGUUGCUGUACGUACAGUGGUACAUGGGCUGGUGGAUUAUAUUCAGAACCACAGCAAGAAAGGGGCAGAUCAGCAGCAGGCUCCACAGCACAGCAAAUACAAAACCUACAUGUGUCGCGACAUGAAGCAGAGAGGAGGAUGCCCUCGUGGGGCCAGCUGCACCUUCGCGCACUCCCAGGAGGAGCUGGAAAAAUUUCGGAAGAUGAACAAGCGUCUGGCUCCGCGGAGGCCACUGAGUGCCUCUUUGGGUCAGCUGAAUGAGGUGGGCCUGCCUUCAGCAGCUAUCCUUCCAGAUGAAAGCGCAGUGGAGAUGCCCAACAGGAAACCACCGGCUCUGCCAAAUGGAAUCGUCUCGGCAGGCGGUUCCGCAACACAGCUGAUUCCUCGAGGGACGGACCCCAGCUACGACGCCGGCCUCAAGCCGGGCAAGCUGGACCAUCUGAGCAGCAGUGCUCCCGGGUCCCCUCCUGACCUGUUAGAAUCUGUCCCGAAGAGUAUUUCUGCCUUGCCUGUGAAUCCACAUCCCGUACCACCAAGGGGACCUGCAGACCUGCCUCCUAUGCCUGUCACCAAACCGCUGCAGAUGGUCCCGCGCGGCUCUCAGCUGUAUCCAGCCCAACAGGCAGAUGUGUACUAUCAGGACCCUCGAGGAGCUGCUCCGCCGUUUGAACCAGCGCCUUACCAGCAGGGAGUGUACUACACUCCACCACCACCGUGUGUGUCCCGCUUUGUCCGCCCUGCACCGUCCGCUCCGGAGCCUGGCCCUCCCUACUUGGACCACUAUCCAGCCUACCUUCAGGACCGCGUCGUGAGCUCUCAGUAUGGCACACAGCCACAGCAGUACCCGCCUGUGUACCCACCUCACUAUGAUGGCCGCCGCGUAUACCCUGCUCAGUCUUACACAAGAGAAGAAAUUUUCCGGGAAAGCCCUAUUGCCAUCGAGGUUCCUCCUGCAGCAGUGCCGUCCUACGUGCCGGAAUCCAGAGAGAGAUACCAGCAGAUGGAGGGUUACUAUCCGGUGGCUCCUCAUCCCUCUCAGAUCAGAGCCCCGUACCCCAGAGAGCCUCCUUAUAGCCGGCUUCCUCCACCUCCCCAGCCCCAUCCCAGUCUAGAUGAGCUGCAUCGCCGCCGGAAGGAGAUAAUGGCCCAGCUAGAAGAGAGAAAGGUCAUCUCUCCUCCUCCUUUUGCUCCUUCACCAACAUUGCCUCCUGCCUUUCAUCAAGAGGAAUUUCUGGAUGAAGACUUGAAGGCAGCUGGGAAAUAUAAAGGAAAUGACUACAGCCAGUAUUCUCCCUGGUCAUGUGAUACCAUCGGCUCCUACAUCGGAACCAAAGACGCAAAACCCAAAGAUGCUGUGGCAGCAGGAAGCAUGGAAAUGAUGAACGUGGAGGGUAAAGGCGUGCGAGACCCACGGUUAGACCCGCAGCGGAGGGCAGCGGAGGCCAGUGACGACGACCUGAUUCCUUUUGGAGACCGGCCAACAGUCUCUCGGUUUGGUGCCAUCUCUCGGACUUCUAAAACAAUUUAUCAGGGUGCUGGCCCAAUGCAGGCCAUGGUACCUGCAGGAGCUCCCACAAAAUCUCUUGGCAUUUCAGAUUACAGUCCGUACGGAAGUCACGCUGCCUGGGGAGGCUCUCCAUAUUCACCCCAUCAAAGCAUGCCUUCUCAGGGACACUUCGGUGAGAGGGAAAGGAUAUCCAUGUCAGAAGUGGGCGGCCACGGAAAGCCUCUGCCGUGCGCAGACAGAGAGCAGCUGCGUCUGGAGCUGCAGCAGCUGAACCACCAGAUCAGCCAGCAGACCCAGCUGCGGGGACUAGAGGCUGUUAGUAACAGGCUACUGUUGCAGAGGGAGGCCAGUACCCUGGCAGGCCAGCCACAGCCCCCGCCACCGCCUCCCAAAUGGCCUGGAAUGAUCUCCAGUGAGCAGCUGAGCUUGGAGCUACAUCACGUGGAAAGGGAGAUCGGGAAGAGGACCCGAGAACUGAGCAUGGAGAACCAGUGUUCUCUGGACAUGAAAAGCAAAUUGAAUGCCAGCAAGCAGACAGAAAAUGGACAGGCAGAGCCGCCAGCCAAGGGCCCGGCGGAGGACCUUACGUUGACAUUCAGUGAUGUUCCGAAUGGAUCAGCCUUGACGCAAGAGAAUGUGAGCCUGCUGUCAAGCAAGACCAGCUCUCUGAAGCUGUCGGAGGACCCCGAGGCAGGAGGGGACAACAAUGACUCCCAGCGGCCCAGCAUGCCGCCCAGUGCUGCUCCCUGACACGGGAAGGAUGCUUUCAUCUUCUGCCCUUCCGUCUGCGGGGGCCUGUGGAGUACAGGAGCAGAUAACUUCUGACCUUUUUCUCUACAAGUGGUCGGAGACAAUGUGCACCAACACCACUACUAAGACAGAACCCUGCACAUAGUUCACAUUAAUGCAUUUUUUAAUUUAAAGAAAAAGAAAAUUAGCAGUAUCUGCAAGCAAUUCAGAUUAAAUUUGUUUUUGUUCUGUGAAUGAACUUUAUUUUAAUAACUUUGGACGCCUUGGAUCCAGGGCUUUAAAAAAAGAAGAUAUUAUAUAUACACUCUGUUCGAUUAAUUGUAUGAUCUUAAUGAAGUAGGUUCCUCUUGUAUUUUGGUAUUAUUACAUACCCAGUGUAUAAUUCCUUGCCCCACAUCCUUUCCAACUCUCACCCUCCCGUAACCAGGCAGGUGAGAAGCACUGGCCUUCCUGAGAACUCUGUGGUGCUUGCAAGCAGAAACAGUCGUAGACCUGAGGGGUUAGAACAUGUGCAGCAAACCAAGUUUUCUCAAAGCUCUUAUUUCAGAUUCACCUUUCUGGAUCAAUAGCUUCAUAAGUAUUUUUCUUAUGAUAUUGAAAAUUUUUUGUUUAGGAACAUUUUAUUUCUUGUUUUCAGCUUUUUGGAGACACAAUUACCAGGUGCUUAAAUUUUGAGGUCCUUGAUUUGCAUAAUGAGGAUUCUUUGCACUGAUGUGCUAGACAGGCAACUGAGUGGAUUGUUUAGACUGAAGUGGGGAUUGCCUCGAGGAUGAGCUAACUGGCUGGCUGCGAAAAUACACGCUUGCUUUGUUCUUGUCAUUGACCUCACGGUUGGAAACUUGGAGCCAUGCUUUCCAAAUCAAACUUAGGUUGAAAUCAUUGAAUGCUCAAAAAACUAGGACAGUCAUCCAUAUUUUAAAACUGUAGGACUUGAUUUGAGCUUAAAAUAAGCAGAACCAUUUCCAUUUCACUCUCAGAAGUUACAAAUAUAAAUAACAUAUUUAUACAGUGGAGCCUCUGGCCCACGUGAGUUGCCUGAGUCCGACAAUGAUGGAUCAUGAGUUGAUCAUCUGUUCAAAAUCAUUAGCAUAAGUAAGUAGUAAGUACCAUGAGGUCCGUUUUCAUAAACUUGGCUUUUCAGUAUUGAGACAACAUCUUCAUGAGAUUUUCAGAGCAAAGCAAGGCAGUCUGUUUGCCUCUGUUGUGCUGCACGUGUUCUGACGCCAGGAGUCUAUACCUGUGCCCUAGAAAACAUGUUUACUGGGAAUUGUUUCAGAUAGCUGCCCCCUCCAUCCUGUGUUUGCCCAAUUGUUUCAAUUUCCCUUUCUGGAUUAUACUACUAAAUCAGCAAGCACUGGUUAUGUAAUAAGUUACUGCAUUGCUUUGGUUGGGUAAAAGCAGAAGUUUAUAUUUUUCGUGUUUCUUAUUUUCCUAGCCCUGAACUCCUGCUGAGGUCCUAAGAGAGCCUCAGCCUAAGCUCUGUGUCCGUCACACCGUUAAUGGAAACAAAACGGGGUGGGUGGGGAGGGGAGUACAGUCCUGCCAUUGCCUACCAGUAGGAGAGUCCAAACAGAACACUCUUUUGAGUAGCGAUUAUUUAAUUUGCCCAGUCAAGGCACCGUGUUUAUAUACUAUUUCACAUUGAAUUUGAUUAUGCCCUACAGACCUGGCUGGUCAAGGAUUUGAUAUACACAUAUUGGCUUGGGAUUCGAGCUUUCUUUUUUAUUUAAGUAAAAUUUUAUAUAUAUUAUAUAUAUACAUAUAUACAUAGCUAUAUCUGUAUAUAUAUUAGGUGUGUUUUAAGGAUUUCUUCGCAUGAGCGCAGCUGUUGCGAUAAAAUGACUGAUUGGGAGGUUGAAGCGCUGAAUGAAGGUGAGGCAUUUUUUUCAGUUGAUAUGUCCAUUUUCCUUUUUGAUAUGCAUUUACUCUUUUCUUUGAUUUUUGCUUAGAUUCCUCCUAUAUUUACAGUCUAAAUGCUUAUUAUUUAUUGGGAGAAGGAAAGAAACGUGUGUGACAGAGUCCCAAGACUGUUCAUUUCUCAGAAUAAAAAACAACAUUGUUGGCUUCUGACCUUCGGUAGUCAUAUUUUUAGGUGGAUGUUAUUUCUCCCAUGGACUUAGAGAUAAUUCCUAAAAUUUAGAAGAAAUUGGUUCCGUUUGAUAUUCAGAAUGACUCUGGUAUUGGGAGAGAAUUUAUAGCUGUUAACGUUGGUGAAGUUCAAAAUAAAGGUAAAUUCUUGUUUUGGAUAUCUGUUAAUUCCCACUAACUCGGUUUGUUUUUCUCAUCCUUGACUUUCUUCAAAUGUUCUUCUUGCUUUUGCUGUCUUGAUUUUUGCGAGCUUAAGAUGGCUUUAUACAUUACCCCUAACUCUGAACAAAACCAGAGAAGCUGAUGUUUGUAUUUAUCUUAAAAUAGUCUCUUUCUAAUGUAUUUUAAUUUAGUUUAUUUAAAAAAAUUGAAUUCUAGUCGUUACCCCAUUGAUAUCCCUAGAUAGUUGACAGGAAGUUAGUCUAACAUCCAUUGGGCCUGUAAUUUAUCUACUUGAAAUUGGUCAUCCCGCCUAACCUAACAGAACUUCUUGCACCUGUCCUAGUGCCCGCCCACAGGCUCAGUGAUGCGUGCAAGCCCCCGGAGGCUGGGUUUCCCUUUUCCUUUUCUCUGUGAUGUGGUGAGCCUACAUAAGUAAACGACCUGCACGAGUCUUUCACUGCUUUUUUGUUGUUAUUCUGUUUUGUUUUUAUCAGAUCUGAAAGGCAGAGGUGUUCUUUUUUGUUUAUUUGAUGUUUUAGUUUUACUUGUUCUUUCUAGAGAUGGCAGCGAUCAUAGCAAAUCUAGUUUUUGUGUCUUCUAUUUAUGAAAUAGUUUCUUCUGAAGAUGACUUUGCUUUUUACUGAAUUUGGAAGCAGGAUUUGGACACUUGUGAUGAGCAGUUGUGAGAGGGUUAAGGCAGGAAUGGCAGCAUGGCGUUGACUCCUCAGACAACACAAUCCAGGUAGUGUGGUGAGCAACAACUCGCACCUGCUCCUUCCAGGAGGUCUCUAGGAAGGGAGAAAAAGCUGAAGGCAAGACUUUUUGAUAUUCUGGUUUGGAUAACUUACAAAAGCGAGAGUGACCAAAGAGACAUUCUUUACUACUUUUCUGAUUGUGGGUUUCCGGUUACAGUAUUCAAAUUAUAAGCCAUUAUUCCUAUGGCAAACCGCAACUAUUGAGCCCUUUAGACAUAUCAGACAGUUGUUUGGCACAGCAUUAGUGUGGGCGAUUCCCUUCUCCCUUAUCACUCAUUUUUUCCUCCUCUUUCCAUGUAUGUAUUCCUUUGCCUGGCAGGUGUAGUUGGUGUGACCCUCACGCACUGCUCUGCGUCUGUGACUCCAGUAGACUGUAUUGGUCUUGGGGCUGGCGCUCAGAUUGUCUGUUCUGUCCAUUGCUCAUUCUGCAGUUUCCCCUUGGCUUACCCACUGUCCUCCCCAAUCUGCAACAGUGACAGUUUGCUGCCUCACAACAGAGCAUUCAGAUGAAUUCGCUUAGCCAAUAACUUCUGUGAAGUUGCCUUUUCUAAUGGUGUUAUUACUCAGUGAUGCACAAAUGUGGUAUCUGCCCUACUGGUAGGCAAACAAAGGUGUGCGUGAGAUUGGGAACUGCUGUCCUGAAGGAGAGCCAAAGGCUUGCGCUUCACUCUGGGUUUGGGAAGCCUUUCAGUAUUUAUGAGUUGAUUGUAUCGUUCAGUAGAUUUAUGCAAAGUUAACUGUUAAGGUUAGCUGACCUCAUUAAAUGUGUAAAAGUAGUGAAAAAUUCUUAAGUUUUUCAUAAAAAGUGAACUGUCAUCUUUGUAUAGUGUUGUACCUCCCCACUGCAUUUUUUUGAGGUUCUCUUGUUAUAAAUACCAUCUUCAGUCUUUCUGUGUCUGUUCAUUUGUGCCUGAAGUACGAGGUUCGGGCUCCGAGUCUGGGUGAGAAAGGCCCAGAAGGCAGAGCAGGAGUGCACCUGUGGCCUGCGAUCCAGUUCACAAACACACUCAGUCACUGACAAGUGUUAUUGAGUUGCUCUUACAUACAAAUGGUAAUGAAUGAAGGGGUUUUUUUACACUUUUUUUUUUCAUUUAUAAAAAUCUGUAAAAAAAAAAAUGACUUGUAAUGAUUUAUGUUUCAUUAAAAGGAACGUCCCAUUCACUUUUUAGGAGAAGUUCGUGUAAUAUGUUUGGAAGUCAGCUAUGAUUUACAGAGCCUUUACCAUGAAAAGCUCUUCCCCUGAUACAGGGUGUCUCCUUUCAGGUGCAAACCCGAGCUUCCUGGCAGCCUGGGCUGGGCAGGCCGAGGGGCAUUGCUGUGUCCUUGCCAGGGUGCCCUUGUGCCGGUGCACACCCACAUCUUCCUGCCUUCAACUUUCUGAGACUUUGAUGAUGAAAUGACUGACGGGGAGUUGGAAGUGGGUUGCAGUUAACCUAGAAUUUUCCCAUAAAGUUAUUUUUGCAAAAGAUAACUAUUGAAUUUAGUUAACAAUUUAAGAUUUGGACCUUUAAGGUUUUAUUUCUGUGAUUGUUAGAUUCUUCUCAUAGUAUAUUCCAAUUAAUAAAUAGUACCAGCAGAAGUGUUGCUGCCAGGAAUGAGGCCUUUAAGAAGCACUCCCAGUAGAUGGCGUGUUAAUGCUGCACUGAGUCAAGGGUGAAGCACCCAUUGAAAGCCUGUUGCUAAAGGGAGUUACCUCACCACCCAGAUCUCUGGACCUUGGCCAAACACUGAGUCCCCCCAAACCUUAUCCCUGAAGGAAUAAAUAAGGCACAGUGACUGAAGACGAAGUCCUUGAACCUCAAGACUGUGUUGUUCUCAGAAUGUG